GCAGGGGCGGACUGACCAUUUGGGAACUCGGGCACUGCCCGAGGGCCCUGGGUCAGUAGGGGGCCCCAUGAGAUGCCCCUGGUACCUUUUUCAUAGGCUUUUUUGGGUGUGGGUGAGGACACAGGGGCCCCAUGAUCCCCUAUUGCCCGGGGGCCCCAUGAGUUGUCAGUCCGCCCCUGUUUCCAAAUGGUUAGUCCCCCCCUGGUCUCCGGAUUCCAUUUAAGCCUUUGAAUCUCUCAAGGCUGCUUUUGCUGCAGCUCCAGUGCUGGCAUGUCC